AUGGACUCGUUCCGCUACAAGACUCUGAUGCGUGCUCUUCUUAGCGACAGGAACGCUCUCUUUACUGCCAUCUUCAUCGUGUAUCAAGGAAGGAAUGGCAUCGAUACAUACCUUCAUCACACGGUCGCUAGUGUCGCCGAAGUCCUGCGAGAGUGCUCUACGCUAGCAGCCGAGAACGCUCCAGUCAAAACCUUGACCACUUUGGAUGACUCCAAGCUAGUCACAUUGCGUUACCUCAUGAACUGCUGGGCAUGCGAUCAACUAGGCCGUGCUGCCAAUAGCUGCCCUGAUGACGAAGCUCAUGCACGUUGGAAGCAGAACAAAGCGAAGCUGCCACCCAAGAUCCGUGCGAACAUAUAUGUCGUAUUGCCGCGUGCGAAGGUUCGAAGCGUUUAG